UUGAGUGGCUGCAGUUAGCUUGAUCGGUUCGAGCGAAGUCAUCGGGACCGAAGAAGACUUUACCGCCGCCGCUGCCGCUGCCUCCCUCUGCCCGGCUUUCACCGGAGGAUUUUUACGGGAUAACAAAGAAGUUCUUCGGCUAUUUAGCGGAUUUUAACGGCUGUGGAUUCUCCCGGUACUUUUCUCCUUUCUCCAAGCGGCGGGCGGACUGUUCGCUGUCCCGCAGGCUGGAGGCUAGCGUCGGUUACUGCGGCUAAACAUGGUGGCCUGUAGGCACGGAGAGGAGCCGAGCCCCAGCUCUGCGGGUUUGGGGGUGUUUUAAAGGAACGCGAGGGCGUUUUGGUUGCUGCUCCACCCUUUUCUAAGUCUGCGCUUUGUUAAUCUGGAGGUUUCUACUGGGCUCCCCGUGUGUUUCCGUUAAACCCGAGCAGCAAGACCACCGGCGGCAGCAGGACCCCGUCCGUGUUCGGCGGAGCGUGGAUAAUCAUCCCGAAAAAGUUCUUCCAGGCCGCCUCAAAGUUUGCCAUCGGACCUGGGAAACUCCAGACCGUCCUGGACACUCCUCCAGCUGCUGUGUUUACGUUACGGAUGCUUUGAGGCUCUCACACCGGGAUGAAUUGUUGCACAAGUGCAGCCUGAUGAAACAGUUUGUUUUACCCCCUUCCUCCUCCUCCUGUUCAGGGUCUGAUUGUUAAUCUGAGGAUUAUUAUGGAUUGUUACCAUGGCCUAAUCCAACCGGACUCUGAAUUUGGGGACUAACUGCAGAUGUAGAGGCUGACUGUGAUGGUGAUGAUGAUGGUAUCUCUUCGCGAUGAUUCUGAGUAGAGAGGAGUUCAUUACAUGGAGACUCGCCUGACAUGCCGAGGAAGGAGUUGCCACUACCUGACGGUUGGGAGGAAGCCAGAGACUUUGAUGGCAAAGUUUACUACAUUGACCACAUUAACCAGUGCACGAGCUGGAUCGACCCCAGAGACAGGCAGACGAAGCCUCUGACGUUCGCCGACUGCAUCGGGGACGAGCUGCCGGUUGGCUGGGAGGAGGCGUACGACCCCGUCGUCGGAGCGUACUAUGUCGACCACAACACCAAGAGCACCCAGCUGGAGGACCCGCGGGCCCAGUGGCAGCGGGAGCAGGAGGCCAUGCUGCGGGACUACCUGGCCGUGGCCAGUGAUGCGCUCAGCGCCCAGAAGGAGAUCUACCAGGUGAAGGAGCAGAGGCUCCGCCUGGCACAGCAGGAGUACCGCCAGCUCAACGACGCGUGGAGGGACAAGUCCACGUCGCAGACGAGCUUGAAUUCCAGAUCGUCCUCUUCCAGCAAAUAUGACCCGGACAUCCUCAAAGCAGAGAUAGCCACGGCCAAAAGUCGGGUGAACAAACUGAAGCGGGACCUGGCCUGUAUGAAGCAGGAGCUGCUGUACAAAGAGCAAGGCUUCGAGACGCUCAAACAGAUCGACCAGAAGGUGUCCAACAGCCCGUCCGGUUACAGACUGCAGGAGGCCCAGGCCAUCCUCAGCGAGGUGCGCUCCAUCCGUGACGCCAUCAGCUCCGGGGAGAAGGAGAAGCAGGAGCUCAUGCAGAAACUGGCGGUGCUGAAGGACGGCUUCCGGCUGGACUCGGGCUCGCAGCAGGAGCUGUGGGGCAGCAGCACCUCGCUCGCCAACUCUGAGCUGUCCAUCCCGCGGCUCUACUCCGACGCCAGCUCGCAGACCGACAUCCCCGCCGAGUUCAUGACCAGCAGCAACAAACUGGCCGAGAAGGUUCGUGUGAGCCUGAAGUACGAGGAGGCCAAGAGAAGGAUCGCCACCAUUGAGGUGCAGAUCGCCAAACUGGACAGCGAGGCGUGGCCGGGGCUGCUGGACCCAGAGCGGGACCGCCUCAUUCUCAUCAACGAGAAGGAGGAGCUUCUGAAGGAGCUGCAGUAUGUUAGCCCGCGGCAGCGGCUCCAGCCCAACGACGCCGAGAAGCUGGAGUCCGAGAAGAAGCGGCUGGAACGAGACCUGCAGGCCGCCAGAGACAACCAGAGCAAGGCGCUGACCGAAAGGCUUCGUCUUCACUGCAAGAGGAACAAGCUGGUGAGAGAGCUGGAGGAGAACGUUCGCCUCGCCACCAUGCUGCACACGCAGCUCAAGAGCCUGUCGGCCAGCACCCUCUCCUGUUCGUCCGGCAGCAGUCGAGGCUCUCUGACCUCCAGCCGCGGCUCGCUGGCCACCACCUCCAGCCUUGGCUCCACCUCCUCCCUCAGCUUCACCGACAUCUACCUGGAGCAGCCGGAGCUUGCCGACCCGGACUUCCAGAACAAGCUGGACAGCCUCCUGCAGGAGGGCGUCCAGGGGGGCUACCGGCCCUCCAGCUCCAUCACCACCAUCCACGAGCACGAGGUGGUGACCGGCAGCGGCGCGAGAGAUGCCGGGAGACCCCAGAGCAAGGCAGGAGGCACCGGAGGAGACGCUGGAGGAGGCACAGGGGCUGGCGUGGGGGCGGAGCCGUCCAGGAUCCAGGCCCUCAGACUGUCAGAAACCCCCCGCUCAAUGAACUCCUUAUCCCCGCGCUCGUCUCUCUCCUCACUGUCUCCGCCGUGCUCGCCCCUGGUCACGGACGCUAGCUUCCUGUCAGGCGAGACGUUCGCGGGCCCGUCAGGGGGCUCCGGGUUGGGGCUCGACCUGGAGCUCCACAGCAGGCUGGCCGAGCUGGAGCUCAGGCUGGACUCUGAGGAGGAGCGUCAGGAGGAGCACGGCGGUCCGGAGGAGAAGCAGAACCACCAUGGCGGGCUGUGCGAGGAGGUCAAAGGCUCAGCUUCGGAGCUGCGAGGGGCGGGGCCAAAGAAAAUGGGCGUUACCUCGGCCGUGUCUGACGAGUCGGUCGCUGGCGACAGUGGUGUGUACGAACCGUCAGAGCGCAAACCCGGCCUCCCCGCCGACCUCCUGCUGAGCUCCUACGAGGACCGGCUGGCGCCCGGCUGCCCUCAGGUGCAGCUCGGCUUCCGUUACGAGGCCAGAGACCGGCGCUUCACCGUCUACGUCAUGCAGCUGUCCAACUGCAGCGCCCUCUGUCUGCCGACCGACCAGAAAAUGUAUGUACGCGUGGCGGUGCUUCCCUGCAUGGAGGCCACUCGCUGCCUCUUCCGAACACGCAGCUCGCCACCUCGAGACGCCGUGGAGUUCAACGAGGUGUUCGGCAUGCAGAUUUCCCACAGUUCACUGCGGCAGAAGACCCUGAGGGUGGACGUGUGCGACACCAGCAAGUCGGGCCACGAAGAGUGUCUGGCGGGAGCUCAGAUCAGCCUCGCUGAUGUCAGCUGUUCGGAGGAGAAGUGCACCAAGUGGUACAACCUGCUGAGUCGUGUCUACCUGCCCGAGGUCAGCAGAAGCCCGACUCGCGUUUCCAGUGGCGACCGAGCCGGAGCGCCCGAGGAUGACGAGUGCGAGCCUCGUGUUCAGUCUGAGGAAGAUGAUGGUGGCAUAGCGAGCAUGGCGAGCCUCUGGAGGCGGACGUGUUCGAUGACGACGAAGGCACGGCGUGGAGGGGCGGGGCCUCUGGAGGAAGAGGAUGAGUUUUAUCCCGAGAGCAGCCAAUGGGAAGCGGAGGAGGAGAAAGAUGAGGAGAAGGGGACCAAACCCCCUCCUCUUCCGACGGCGGUGGCGGCAGCAGCCACCAUCACAGAGAAGGUGAACAAGGAGACGAGCAUGGACAGCCUGCCGUUGCUGCAUCACUGCUCCGUGGUUCGGCCCAAAGAGCGGCGCCCGGACGUCCGCCAGCAGAACCCCUUCAUGAGGGGCAACACCAUCAUCCGGUCCAAGACCUUCUCGCCCGGACCUCAGAGCCAGUACAUCUGCAGGAUUAACCGCAGUGACAGCGACAGCUCCACGCUCUCCAAGAAGUCCCCGUUUGUCAGAAACGCCUCCGAGAGACGCAGCAUGCGCAUGAAGAGGCCUCCUGUACCCGUUAAAGGUCUAGACGGGCUGCUGCGGACCUCCCUGGACCUGGAGUUGGACCUGCAGGUGUCCCGGACGCGGCAGGCCCGGCUGGCGCAGGAGCUGCGGGUGCUGCGGGAGCUGAAGACGCAGCUGGAGAAGGCGAGGCAGCAGGGCCAGAAAGAGCUGCCCGCCUGGGUCCAAGAAGACGAACGCUUCCGGCUGCUCCUCAGGCAGGCCGAGAAACAGACUCGGGAGGAGCAGCAGCAGGAGAAGCGGGUGGAGAAAAUGAUGAAGGCCGCAGCCAAGGACGUUCACAAGAUCAGAGGCCAGAGCCGCAAAGAGGUCCCCGAGGUGCAGACCUUCAGAGAGAAGAUGGCGUUCUUCACGCGAGCGAAGACCUGCAUCCCUGACCUGCCUGCCGACGACGUGUAGAGAAGCAUUUCAAAGUAUUUUCCCUCCGGUGUCGUUCCCUGCUGUUCCUUCCCCGACGAAGCAAACGUCUGGCGGUAUUAUGAAGAAUUAAAAUAAAUAAUAAUAAUAACACUGAUGAUAAUAAUAAGUAGGAAAAAACCUUUGAAACUGUGGAGAGAGUAAUUUUAAAGAGCUCAGCAUUUCUAAUGUGGAUAGUCUUUGUUUGUAAAUUAGCGAUAGCACUGCUGGAGCUUUUGUUUUUGUCCUUUUUUAUUCUCGUUUCCACUUUUCUGUUUUUGUUUCUGUUACUAACCGGCUGUUCUUAGACUCGUAGGUGUUUAAAAUCAUUCCAGCACAGAAUCAUACGGUCACACAUGAGCAUACGAAGACUUUUGUACUGAAAAUGGCACAAAAUCAAAAAUGGUACUCAAAGGAAAAUUCAGCUACAGCUUAAAGAUAUUUAAUAUUGACCUUCAGAUGAUGUGGGAUUUGUUUUGUUUUUUUAUUAUUAGAGUAUUUUCUGAGCAGACAAACAGCACAGUGUUUAAUUUUUUUUAAUUUGUUUUUAAAUGCAGCUCUCCCUACACAACAACAGUGAAACACUAAAACAUGUUUGUGCAUACGAAUCACCGCAGUCGCCGCAGGUCGUUGGAGAUCCGUCGGAGUUAUAAUCCUUAAGAUUUUUAAUCCAGGUCGGGUUUAUUUUCUACACAGACGUGAAAUUUCUGCUGGUUAAAUGAAUAAGAACAAAAAACAAGCAGCUGUGUCUUAGAGCGGGGCAGCUACAACUCCCAGGAUGCAUUUCAACAGGAAGCAUCCAGUCAGAUUCAUUUUGAGGAGAAGCUAAAGAUUAAGUAAAGAUUAAAUAGCCUCAGAUUAUAUCCCGUCCAUGUCAUGAUCAUGUCCAGUCAUAAUUCAUGUGCCUGUUUAAACCUUAAAGAUACUUUUGAGUUUUUUAUGGCCCAGUGUGGAUUAAAAAGUGACAGAAAUAAGUUUUUCAAACUACUGCGCUGUUAAACUGUAAGGAGGGCGUAGUAAACUCCAGAGGCCAAAAAGACAACUAAUCACAUGUUAUGGCUCAUUUAUAAAGAGAUUUAAGUCACUAAAUCUACAGUUUAUUGUAAAAUGAGGCACUUAGAAGUGGAGCAAAGAGAGCCAAACUGCAGCAUCUGUGUUCAGCUAAUUCUGCAGUUCUUUAGGUUUCCUGUGUGAUCCAUACAGACUUUAUUAUUAUUCAUCCAUCACUGAAGAAAUUCACCUCUCACAGCAGCGCAAGGGUCAGGAAGAAAAAGCGAAUUAGAGAUUAAUACACAAAAAUACUGUACAGGAGUAACUGAUACCAUGUACAAAUGGUACUGUAAACAGUGAAACGGACUAAAAUACACUAGAAGACUGGAAGACGGCAACAUUUUGCAACAUUCUGUCCAAACACAUUUUUUUUAGCCCUUAGUUCUGUAUGAUGUCAUACAGAGGGGAUUUUUAAUAUGGCCAUCUCAGGCUCCACCCAAUCAAAAGAAAGCCUUCCUUAAAGGGGAGGGGCUAAAACAGCUUCCUUCACAGAGAGGAUUAACUGAGGGGCUGCACCAAGGUCCAGUCUGCCAUAAAGAAGGAUUAUUUUGAACUGUUAUUAAUGCAUAGCUGCUCUCUGCGAGCCGAAGAGUUAAAAAUAAGCUGCCACGCUUACUGCCAAACUGACCCUAGACUGAAAUCUUAAGGAUUAUAGCGCCGUCAUCUUCAAACACUGGCACAAACUGUAAGUUUUCUGUAAACUGAGCGACGUCGUGCUGACGGCUCAGGUGUGCGUAGCACGUCAGCAUGCCUGCACGACAGCAGCUCCGAGGAGACGUGUCACUCUGAGCGUAAUCCGUAAUCAUCGUCUCUCGUCACACAAACACAUCGGUGUAGAAACAGCACUAACUCACACUAACACUCAGGUAGUCGAUCGGGUAGUCUGCACUUUAAGAAACUUGAGGUAGAAGUUUGAACAAAGAAAAACUUGAUGUGGGUUUUUGGAAAGUUAAACGUCUGGAAACCUUUGCCUCACGCUGGAACGAUUUCUGAUUGUCGAAACAGGAAGUGAUCUCAAACGCAUUUCUGAUGACUGUGAACUUGUUAUUGAUCGCAUGAUUGUUUGACUGGAAGCGACUGAAAAAAAAACUGAGUCGUCAGCCAAUAGGAAGACAGAAGUCCAGCUUUGCUUCGUAAGCUCCUGCGCUUCUCUCUGAUUGGCUGAUCAGUUUUUGCAGUUUUAAUUUCAGACUUCCUGCCCUCACGUUUCCACCUGUAACUGGAUGUUUGUGAAGCAUUCACUUCUAUUAGAACUGGACCUUCUGCACUUAAAACUGUUGGAUGGCGUUAGUGUGGUGCCCCAGCAAAACUCAGCAUAUCGUCUUUUAUUCCCCAGCUGGUGAUUUAAACAGUUUUUCUGCUUGUUUCAGUCUGUUUGAAGCUCUGAAAACCAGCAGAAAGACACAUUUGAUCAAACUUAUUGAAGCAUUGAGCAGCUAAAGAGCCUCAGGAGUUGGUAAAUAUUAGAAAAACCACACUCCCAAAGACUCCUGACACGUUCUAUAUAAACUGAUGUUUAAUGUAGUGUUUACAUAAACAGGCAAAAAGAAAUCUGGCACAAGAAAUUUUCAUUUUUCAGCACCGUAAGCAGCAGGAACCAAAAGAAAUCAAAUCUUUCCUGACAUCUACUGCAGGCAUUUGGUAAAGUAGCUAAUGAUGGUGCCUUUUAGAAGUAAAAGCGUUAAAAAAGUAAAUAAUAAUAAAGUGAUGGUAUUGAGUCAAUGUAAAGGGAACAUCAAAAAGUAAUUCUAAACCUGAUUUAAUUGAUAAAUUGUGGAUAAUUGCUGUAUCCACCUGUUUGAUGAAUAUGUGGAGGAUUGAAUGUGCCAAAAUAAACAAAAUAUGUGACUGAGUGAAUAAUAAAAUGACAUUAAAUGUUCAAAAAAAUAAAUGCAUGUAGGUAUUUAUUAAUUUAUAAAAUGUGACAUGAGUUAAUAUUUUUAAAUUAAUUUUUUGCAGAAAUACAGGGAAGGUCAGUAAACAGAUAUUUGUCCUACAUUUUAUAAUUGAAUGCCUUUAAUGUUGAAGAAUUUUGUUGUUUUUUACAUUUGUAAUUUAUUUAUUAAUUUGUUUGCUGUUCCAUUAUUAUUUUGGCAGUUUUGAUCCUCCAUACAGGCGUGUGUCAGGAAGUCUUCUCCAAAAUAAUGAUAAUUAUUAUUAUAAUAAAAAGUGGAAAAUUCUUCACAUGGAAAACAUUUAACAUGAAUUCUAGAUUAUUAUUACAAAAUGUUGGAUUAUAAACUACCUGCUGAACAUGGAGCGGGAAGCAGAUGAUUUAUUCAGGAGGUGGUGGAGACCAAAAAUGGAGCUAAAAAUGAACGCUGGGCCUUGAUUGGUUACUAAAGUGCCUGUGACUGCCUGAUGUUGUCACUCUGUAGCUGCUGAAUCCAGAAAUAAGCGGCUGUCUAUUGAAUAUCCGACUUUCCUUCUUGCUGGGCCACCAGGCUGAUGGUGUCGGUGCGUUUUGUUCUUCGUGUUUCCAUUCCCCGUGUAAAGAAGAACAUAGCUGACGAAAACCAAGCUGCUGCUGCUGCUGUCAUUCCAGAUGUUUCUCUCUUCUUCUUCUUUUUUUAACUCUGUGUAGAGAAACAGCAGCUCUAGAAAAUGAUUGAGUUUUUUUUAUUGUCCAUUUUGACCGUUUACCUUGUUAGUCAUCUCCACUUCCUGUUGCUUCCCAGUCUCUGUGAGUGUUUUCAGUCCUCAUUAAAGCGCCAGAUAGUCCCACCACAUCCAGGUAGGAGUAGAUAUAUUUUUCUAGAAUGUACAUUUAAAAAAGGUAAUAAGAUUGAAAUAACGAGACACUAAUGACUUCUUAAAGAGCCUCGGUAGGACGUGAAUCUGACACAAUCGCCCGACAUCAGUGUGAACAGUCAGUGAAAAAGACCAAAACCAAAGAUUUAAAAGCUGAUCCCCGUCCUCUGACGUAAAACGAUUCAAAUUCCUUCAUCACAAGGUGUUUUUGUAAUUUUACCCUCUGCUACGGCACGACAGAAAAUCAGACGCUGGAAAUAGUGAGCUGCUAGCAUGUGGUGCUAAAGCUAAGCUAACACCUGCCAGUCAAUCUUACCAUUCUGAAACUUCCCUUGGUUUACUCUCAGACUGCUGAUGUCACCGUAAAGAUGCAGCCAGAGGUUUUUUUUCUUUUUAAGGUACUUGAUGUGAAUUUCAGGGUUUAAAAAAAUACUGUAAAUGUUCCAAAAUUAACUAAAGAGAAUAUGAAGAAACGGCUGCUUUGACCUGAUCUGCACACUGAGCUUUUUUAUCAUUGAAAUAAGGCCUGUAUUUUCAUGUAAUACCAGUUUGGACCACAGGAUGGCACACCGAGUCAUUACAGUGAGUGUCCAGGAAAAGACAAAGCCUCCUGAGCGACAGGGAAAUAUAAACAACUGGAUCUGAAAAAGGCUCAACUCAUUCAGCAAACACUGCCCCCUGGUGGUGAACAUUUUAGUUAGUCUGCAGAGGGGAAUUACAAAAAGUACCUUUUAACCGUACACUUGCUCAUCAGACCACUUUGUGAGCUUUUGCAUGUUUUUUUCACCGUGUCUGGUGUAUCUUUUUUUAAAAUCAAAAAAAGUUGGUAAUGAAAAAUGCGUCGUUGUUCUCCGAGAGCAGAUCAGCUGGUAGAUUCCAGUUUGUACCGACUGUUCGGACUGAGAACUGAACAAACGUUAUGGAGUCGGGCGUGCGCCUGCAGGGCGAGCAGUGGGUUCACUUCAGCUGUGGAGGUGUUUUUGUUUAAUGUCCAAACGAGCCGCCGUCGCUGGGUGUGUAAGAAGACUUGGAGGAACUUUGAUUUUUUUAAUAUUAGCCGUUUUUUUUUCGUCCUCUGUGUACUCGAGUAGAUUGGAGCCAUAGGAAUCCAGCGGUUAACCUCUGAUUAAAAAAGAGUCGUUUAUAUGAAACAUCUGGAUGAAGCAAUGUAGGUUUUUUUUAAAAAAACAAAUGCUGUUAGCCACAAAUGAUUCUUCUUCAUCACGUAGGCAAAUCUUUGUUUUUUUGUGCUUUUAUGUUUAUUUUAUCUGAUGAAUCUGUUCAAACCUGGUGAUGUGUUUGCAGGCGGCUACGAGAAACACACUGCAUGUAUUUAUUGCACUUCUGUGAUUUUUUUUUUUUUGAAGGGGGGGGGGGGUUUGAGUUUUUUUUUUUCCAUUUUAUCAUAAGAGUCCUGAAAAGCUGUGAAUUUUAUUCUCAGACACUGUACUGUCGACCAGAGUUGUAAAUAUUUCACCAGCACAAAAAACAAACGAUAUGUUUUGUAGUUUCACAACAAAUAAAAAAGUUCUUCUCUUCUA